UUGUGGAGUCGUAUACUUUAGACAAAAAAGGUUUCCACCAGUGAAUAUUAAACGCGUUGAAAGUGUGAAAGAAGAAUAUUCUGCCACCAUGGUCACGAUGGGGAGAACGCAUCUUGUAUUCCUGAUGAUAGGUUUAUUCGGAUGUCACGUGAUCUCUGCAGAUCCUCAGGUGACCCUUCCCGGAACCUCAACCACCCUGUCAGGUAUCUACAUCCAGUACAAUGAAUCCGGAUAUCUCAACGUGAGUGUCAUCAUCGAAGCUUUCCUGGGGAUACCCUUCGCUGAACCACCCGUAGGAGAACUCAGGUUCAAGAAUCCAGUCAAAAUGGGUGAUUUGGGUACAAGCUAUCCAGCUGAUGCUGAUAAGUCGGUUUGUCCUCAGGCAGGCAGCGGUAAAAGUGAAGACUGUCUUUACCUCAGCGUUCAUACUUCUUCAGAAAGGCCCAGCAAUGCACCUGUCAUGAUCUGGAUCCAUGGAGGUGGGUUUACUGGAGGGUCUGGUUCGUCAAGCUCGUAUGACCCAUAUCCUUACUUUGGUCUUACUGCCGACUACGUCGUCGUCCAUAUCAACUACCGUCUCGGUAUACUGGGAUUCUUAACAACAGGUGAUGCCGCUUCCCCGGGUAACUAUGGCAUGUACGACCAAGUGAUGGCUCUUGAAUGGGUGCAAGAAAACAUCGCAGCGUUUGGCGGUGACCCAAGUAGAAUUACUAUCAUGGGAGAGAGUGCUGGAGCAGCUAGUGUGGGACUUCAUCUCUUAUCACCUCUGAGUAAAGACUUGUUCCAUCAGUCUAUCAUGCAGAGUGGAAACGCCCUUUGUCCAUGGGCCGUUGAUACCAACAUUGACAGACAGAUUGGAUUCACAAUGGAGAUCGCAGACAGGGUCAACUGUACCACCACCGACAACCAAGCCCUGGUCGAGUGCUUGAAAAACGUCGAAAUAAAUGAGUUACUGGCGGCACAAGCAGCUUUAGUAGGAAAAUACUUGCACGUUGAGCUCCUGUUUGUACCAGUCGUCGACGGCGCUUUCCUGCCCGAUGUUCCACUUGAACUUAUAAAGCGAAGAGAGUUUAAGAGCGUACCUACCCUCCUCGGUACGAACAGAGAAGAGGGGACUCUCAUAGCCCUUCGAGCUUAUCCUCUUUAUAUAGGUUCACGAAAUCCGCCUACCACGACACUGCAGGAAUUCAGAGACUUUUUACCAGAUUAUCUCUACGAGUACACUCCCUUGGUUGCCUCGGCUGUCGAGCAGUGGUACAUUGACUGGAAGCUGGCGGAUGACCCGGAAGCAGAUCAGUUUGAGGCCUUUGUCAAUUUACAAACAGAUCAGGUCUUUGCAUGUUCUACUGAAGCAAUGGCACGUGCUCUAGAAGAAUCUGGAGCCCCUGUCUUUCGCUAUGAAAUGACUCACGACCCUUCCACGUUGAUCGUGCCCGGAUGGUUGGGUGCAGGACACGGUGAAGAUCUCCAAUUCGUCUUCGCGCGGGGUCUAAGUUCUACUGGUGGAGGUCAAACCCAUCAGGAAAAGUACAUGUCGGUCCAGUUCGUUCGCUACUGGUCAAACUUCGUUACAUCUGGUGACCCAAACCUACCACUUUCAACGGGAGAAUACCCAUCUUGGCCGAGAUACACCCUCCCUGAUCAGGAUUAUAAGAUUCUAUCCCUCACGAUGAAGAAUGAUCGAGCCAUGAGGAUGGAUUCCUGUGCUUUCUGGCUCAACUACGUCCCAAGUCUCUACGAGUUAGAUGAGAGCGACCCGGACGACUUAUACCAGGAUUGGAGCCAAGAAUACGAGCAGUGGAGAGAUGUUCAUAUGACCGAAUGGAAUGAAGCCUUCGACCAAUACAAGGAAGGCGAUGACUGUGGUCAACCAUAAAGUAGAUAUAUGUUAGUUAAUUAUGAAAUAGGAUACAAACACUUCAACCUAUUAGCUUAAUCUUUCGGCUUUAUCUAAAGCUUAGAACUUCAAAAGAAAAAGGGUCAAUAUUACAAGAAGAAACGAAUGAAUCACUGUCACGUCUUAAUUUCAUGCAGGACUCAAUCGCAGAGCUCAUCUCACAUUUCUUUACGCGGCUAUCGAUUUAUGAAUCAGGUGCAAAUUCAAAUUGUUUAGAAAUUUUGUUGUUCUCACAUCAGUAGGGCAACAUUUUUCCUGGUCUAAAAUUUUAGUUUAAAGCGUACAGAAACUUUUUUUAAAAUUGUAAACAUACUUCAGAACUUUAUCGAGUCUUUUCUCAGAAGUUGAAAUCAAAAGUUUUGGCGUGAUUGUUGACUGGUGUCUAUUGAUGGCGCUCUUGAGUCGGUCCAAGAUUAUUUGCACCAUAUAUACAUUGUUUCAUUCAAUGAAUGUCAUUGAAUGACUUCGAUCAAAGAUCAUAAUUAUUCCUUUUUGUUGCCUAACAUAAACUAAAGACUGAAAUGUAGGUGUUUUACCUCCCUCCCCCACCCCCGGUAAUUGGAUGGUGCAUGGAUUCUACCUUCCCUAACAUUUAUAUCGAGUGAACUGUUGAACAGUCAUGCGUUGUGCCAGUUCACAUUAAAAAAUAAAAACACUUUUGUAACAUGAUGAUGUAUUGUUAUUUCUUUUUACAUGUCAUUCUUUCUUCAACUUCAUCAUUGCC